AUGGCGCACCUAUUAUGGUUAUUAUAUUUUGCAUUGAUUGUCGUAGCAUUUUCUAAUGUAUCGGCAAAUCUUGUCAUAUAUACUGUGACUUUUGUUUCCUGUGUUGUGAAUUCGACUUGUCCUCAGGGAAAUCCAUCCAGUUACAGUGCAACAUUCGCUUUAAAUGGUACCCUUAGUCCAAAUAUCACUUUAAAUGUUGGUGAUCAAUUACGAUUUAAUUUGGCUACGACUGUAACGAUUCAUCCGUUAACAAUAUGUCAAAAUAGUGCCGUACCUAAUUUCUGCAAAGGAGCCGCUACUAGUGAUGAACUCAACACUCCGAUUACUAACGCAGGUGACACAACUUCUGUUAUAUUUAAUACUAGUGGUACUUAUUAUUAUGGAUGUCAUAAUCAUCCCGGAAUGGGUGCUAUGAUUAACGUCAUACAAACAGUUACUACUACUGCAUCAACUUCAACAGCUAGUGUUACUUCAUCAAUUGCAAUAGGUCUAUUCCUGUUUACAGUUAUAGUCUCUUUAUUUACAAUUAUCUUCACCUAA